GAGUCCAGCUUUUUUCUUUUUGGAUGCACACUCACGGCUGCACAUCUGCUCUUUUUCAUGGAGUUGCUAUAGGAACUGUAGGGACAAAGGCGAGAGGGACGUCUCCGGGGCCUGUGCGGAAAGGGAAAGGGACGGAAGGGCGAGAGGAGGAGUUUUGCAUCCUUUGCGUGGAUCUCCAGCAGCCGGAGGGAGGCCGGACAAAAAGAAGUUGGGGGAGAAGGGAUGGGAGGAAGUGGAGCACAGCUGGAGGCACAAGGCGGGGAGGAAGGAGCCAUGGCGGCCGCUCUGGGGUCAGGGCAGAGAUGGACAGCCCACUCCCGGGGCCAAGCAGAAAUGUGAAUGGCAGUGACGGACAACCCGGCUAAAGUGGGAAACGCCAAGGAUGCUGUGCUUGCCAAUCCUUCUUCUGGCUGGACUCUCCCGUUCUUCUGGCUCUGAAGUCAACCCAGCAAUAUGCCGUUAUCCUUUGGGGAUGCAUGAAGGGACCAUCCGGGACGAGGAUAUCACUGCUUCCAGCCAGUGGUACGAUUCUACGGGGCCUCAAUAUGCACGGCUGCUGCGAGAGGAAGGCGACGGGGCCUGGUGUCCGGCGGGUCUCCUGCAGCCGGAAGACGUCCAGUUCCUCCAGGUUGAUCUCCACAAACUGCACUUCAUCACACUGGUGGGCACCCAAGGGCGGCACGCCAGGGCCACCGGCAAGGAGUUUGCCCGCGCCUAUCGCAUCGACUACAGCCGCAACGGGGAGCGCUGGCUCUCUUGGAAGGACCGGCAGAACAGGCAGGUUAUUCAGGGCAACAUUGACACAUACGACGUGGUCCUUAAAGAUCUUCGCCCGCCUAUCAUUGCCCGCUACAUCCGAGUGAUCCCGGUCACUGAGCAGCCCAUGACCGUCUGCAUGCGAGUAGAACUGUAUGGCUGCGUUUGGUCUGAUGGUUUGGAGGCCUACAGCAUGCCAGAAGGUGAGGUCAUGGCAGCUCCAGGACAUCCCAUUGUCUACCUGAACGAUUCGACUUACGAUGGUUUCCAGGAACGCAGGUCUCUCCAUGGCGGCUUGGGCCAGCUGACUGAUGGCAUCUUGGGGUUGGAUGAUUUCACCAAGAGCCACCAAUACAGAGUGUGGCCGGGCUACGACUACGUGGGAUGGAGGAACAACAGCUUCCGGAACGGCGCCGUUGGGCUGGAGUUCCAGUUUGACCGGCAAAGGAACUUCACCUUCAUGAAGGUCCAUUGCAAUAACAUGUUCUCCAAAGGCGUGAAGAUCUUUGAGCGGGUGGAGUGCUUCUUCAAGCCACAGCUCUUUGCGGAGUGGGAGACCGAGUCCGUGGGAGCGGAUACCGUUCUGGACGACAAGAACCCCAGUGCACGGUUCGUGACCGUCCCCCUCGGCCAUCGGGUCGGCAAAGCCAUCCUGUGCCAGUUCUACUUUGCCGACACAUGGAUGAUGAUCAGCGAGGUCUCCUUCCAAUCGGUGUAUGUGGACGUCCUCGACCCCAUUGUGGUCACUCUGGCGUCAAGCACGACCUCGGCAAUCCUUCCAUCUGAAGAAAUGAAUGUUACAGAUGGGACCUGGGAAACCACUACGAGAUACGGCACCAGUCCCUGGACUGAGCCCAAUUUAGAAGCUUCCAACACCUCCAGCCUCGUCGGUUGCCUUGUGGCCAUCAUCCUGGUCCUCCUCGUCAUCAUUGUGGCCAUCUUGUGGAGGCAAUAUGCCCAGAAACGGCUGGAGACGGCUCCCCGACGGAUCCUGGAAGAGGACGCCACCGUCCGGCUCUCCUUCUACAGCUCCAGGAUGGUUGGUGGUCAGACGCAGAUCCAUCAAACCAACCCUACCUAUGAAAGGGUCUUCCCGUUGGAUCUGGAGUAUCACCAGCCCAUCACCCUCCUCCAGAAACUGCCUGAAUUAUCCCAAAGUGCCGAAGACUCAGCUUGUAGCGGGGAUUAUGCUGAGCCGGACCUCACCAAAUGCACCCCUCACCAAGGAUUCCAGAAUAACGUUCCACAUUAUGCCGAGACGGAUAUCGUCAGCCUACAAGGAGUGACCGGCAAUAAUACAUACGCGGUGCCCGCCAUUACGGUCGAUUCAUUGACCAAGAAGGAUAUCUCAGUAGCCGAAUUCCCCAGGCAGCAGCUGCGACUCAAGGAGAAACUAGGAGAAGGGCAAUUUGGGGAGGUCCACUUGUGUGAAGCUGAUGGUCUCCUGGAAUUUCUUGGCCGCUCUUCUUCAGACGCAUCCAGCCGACCAGUCCUAGUUGCCGUCAAAAUGCUGAGAGCCAACGUUACCAAAACAGCCAGGAAUGACUUCCUGAAGGAGAUCAAGAUCAUGUCUCGCCUGAAGGAUCCAAACAUCAUCCGGCUUCUGGGAGUCUGCGUGAGGGACGAUCCGCUGUGCAUGAUCACCGAAUACAUGGAAAAUGGGGAUCUCCACCAGUUCUUGUUGCAACGGCAGAGUAGAAGUACCUUCACCCUCUCCAACAACAUUCCCUGUGUGAGCUGCCUCCACCUCCUGCUCAUGGCGACUCAGAUUGCGUCCGGCAUGAAGUACUUGGCGUCCCUCAACUUCGUCCACCGCGACCUGGCCACCCGCAACUGCCUGGUUGGAAACAACUACACCAUCAAGAUUGCCGAUUUCGGCAUGAGCCGGAACCUGUACAGCGGGGAUUACUAUAGGAUCCAAGGCAGGGCUGUGUUGCCGAUUCGUUGGAUGGCCUGGGAGAGCAUCCUCCUGGGCAAGUUCACCACAGCGAGCGAUGCGUGGGCUUUCGGGGUCACGCUGUGGGAGAUGUUCACCCUGUGCAAGGAGCAACCCUACAGUUGGCUCUCGGAUGAGCAGGUCAUCGAGAAUACAGGGGAGUUCUUCCGAGACCAAGGACGGCAGGCUUAUUUGUCUCAACCGCCGCUGUGUCCGAACCUGGUCUUCUCCUUGAUGAUGAAGUGCUGGAGCCGAGACAUCAAGGAUCGCCCGGCCUUCGAAGCCAUUCACUUAUUCCUGGUCGAGCAAAUGGACGGGAGCAUUUGAGCCGCAAAAAGGAGCAGCACGAGGGCGGCCGUGAGUUUGGAGCUUGGGGAAAAGCCAGGCGAAGACCACACAUACAAAAGGACCUGCCAUUGAUUCUGGGGAAUGCCUUUGCAGCGUGUCAUGGAAGUGCCCUCGUCUUGUGCCAAACCACGGCGUCGAUAGAGACAACGAACGUUUGCCGUCGGACUUGAGAUGCCACCUUUUUGAUCCGAUCUUUCUACACUCCAAAGACCUCCCAUCUCAUGGAUUCCUUCCUUCCUGGAAAUACUGAGAGUUUUGUGCUCCUUUGCUGUCUGUUUCUAGAAGUAUGUUCUAACUUGGGGUGCAUCUACACCAGGCAUGGGCAAACUUCAGCUCUCCAGGAGUUUUGGACUUCAACUCCCACAAAUGAUAAUCCAUUGUCGGAUAAGUUAACCAUCAGGGCCAGGUGUUUCAACCCAUUUGAAAUUCUAUAUUUCUCUUAUUUCUUUGAUGUGGUGCAUCUUAGAAUCCCAGGUGUUUGUAUAUGUGUGGAUGUAUCUAAAUCAGGCAUGGGCCAUAUUCCGGCUGUUAGGAAUUGUGGGAAUUGAAGUCCAAACAUCUGGAGGGCCCAAGUUGGCCCAUGCCUGAUCCACGCUAUUGAAUUAAUGCAGUUCGGAACCACAUUAACUACCGUGUCUUAAUGUUAUAUAAUCCUGGGAUUUUGUCAUUUGGCGAGCCAAGAAGGUGAAGAACUUCAUCCAACGACAACUCCCACGACUUCAUAAACAUGCAAAGCGGUGUCAAACGGCAUUAAUCCGACAGUGUAGAUAAGGUGGUGUCUUUCCCAUUUCAUCCCAGAAAAAAAGACCUUGCGAGGAAUGUCGAACGUUGGAUUCAGGCAAAGCUCCGGAUGCUCAAGGUAUGAAUGUGUGCGGAUUCUUCCACACUGGAUUUUAUGUUUCGAUUCACACACUAUAUAAGGAAUGUUACCGGCUUAUAGGAAGACUCUCUGCUAGUCUGAAAAUGGGGAUAGUUAACACUGAUGUUUGUGAAAUUUAUAGCCAAAAUGGACUGUCGUGCAAAUUAUUCUGCGCCCGGAUCUCGCUUUCCGAGGAAGCCAAAGAAGAGAUAGAACUCAGGUUCAGAUCUUGUCGGCAAUAUCAUUAUGUUUUGAUCCGAUCUUCCAUCUCCUAUCUUUGUACCAGUUGAGUACUCUGUCUCCGAAACACUUGGCACCGGAAGUAUUUUGGAUUUUGGAUUAUUAUUUUACCCCGGAUUUGAAUAUAUUUGCAUAUACAUAAGGAGACGCCUUGGAGAUGGGGACCCAAGUCGAAACCCGGUGUUCAUUUUAUACAAUAGAUCUUUUGUAUACAAUAUUUUUAAUCAUUUUGUGCAUGAAAUGAAGUAUGUUGAACUACGGAAAAGCAGGUGGUGCCGCCGUCUCGGCCACCGAUGCGGACCAUUUCGGAAUAUUUUGGGUAAAGGAUGCUCAAGCUGCAUAAAGACGACCUGCUUUUACUCCCCUUUAGGGAUGUUUUCGUCUUAGAAAGCAGUGCCAAACUGCAUUAAGUCGACGGUGUAGACGCACCCCUUGAGCCUUGUCGCCACUCCUGUUUUCUUUCCAUGUUACUUGAAGUUCGAAACUGUGGAUACUUUGGCCAUUUUGUCCCAGAGCACAUACGAUUCCACUCCAAAUAAAGUUGCGCUCUUUCCUUUUCCUUUUUUCCCCAUCUGGUUCGGUUUGGUGUCACUUCCUCCAGCUGUGUACAUACUGUAUUUAGAAUGGCGUCCAGAUGUGUACAUUCUAUAAUAUAUGGAUUUAACCACAAUCGUGCGGCGGAUGGGGAUCGAGCCUUGUUGUCUGUUUUGUUUUUUUACACCGACCAAUGACCAAUAAAUUGUCUUGGUUUCCUG